AUGGAGUCAGUGAAUGAAGUCGGAAAAAAGAAAGCUAGUGGCAGUAAAAAUAGAAAGAGAGCAAAAGAAAAUGCUCAAAAAAAUGCUUUGCUUGUUUCAAAAAUGCCUAAAUUGCAAAAUUAUUUUUUUAAAUUAGAGACAGUUGAGACUGGAUGUUUGGGAAAUAAUAUUGAUGAUCAAAUGCUUAUUUCUGGUUCUGUUAACGACCCUAAUAAAAAUAAAGAGUUGGUGAAUUUACAUGAACAAGCAUCAGAAUUUAAUGACCUAGAUGAGAUUGACUUACACAAUGAUCAGAAAUAUUCAGAUAGAGAACACAGGGCUAAAAAUUUGGUUUACCUUGAAACUGAUCCAGCCAAAUGGAUUUUAAAUAAAAAUUCUUUAUACUAUUUUUACUGUCUUCUAUUUGCACAAAAUGAAACUGCAUUUAGUCAUCAAGGUAAAGGAUUUAUAAACUGGAAAAAAUGUUUAGACUAUGUUAAAAAUCAUGAAAAAAAUCAAAUUCAUCUUAGAUCUGUGAAAUUAUGGUUUUCCAAACAAUCUGAAAAUCUAGAAACUAUAGACAAACAGCUUAAAAUUGAAAUUCAGAAAGAAGAAUCAUAUUGGCAACAAGUAAUUCAUCGUUUAAUAGAAACUAUUAUUUUCUUAUCAUCUAGAGGACUUGCAUUUAGAGGUGAUGAUCAAAUCCUAGGUUCUGGGCACAAUGGAAAUUAUUUAGGAUGUCUUGAAUUAAUCUCUAAAUUUGAUCCAUUUCUUUCUACUCAUAUUGACAAGUAUGCAAAUAAAGGCAAAGGAACUGUGUCAUAUUUGUCGAAUACCAUUUGUGACGAUUUAAUUUUAACCAUGACUAAAACUGUUUUAGAAAAUAUUGUUCAGGAAAUUAUAACUUCUAAAUAUUUUUCAAUUAUCAUAGACUCUACACCUGAUAUAUCAAAAGUUGAUCAACUUACAGUUGCAAUAAGAUAUAUUCUACCAGACGGUUCACCUGUUGAACGUUUUUUGGGAUUUUUACCUUCGGUUGGUCAUAAGGCAAAAGAUAUGGAAUUGGCUAUACUUCACUUUUUUUCUGAUCUUGGGAUUUACAUGAAAAACUGUAGAGGACAAAGUUAUGACAAUGCUCAAAAUAUGUCUGGAAUUUAUAAUGGAUUACAAUCCCGUAUAAAAAAAAGCUCUUCUACUGCUGAAUUUGUGCCUUGUUCGGCGCACUCGUUGAAUUUAGUUGGUACAUUUGCAGCUGAAGAGACUAGUGUAGGUAAUCGGUUUUUUAUGAUCACUCAAGGUUUGUAUACUUUUUUUUCUGGUUCUACAUCACGUUGGAAGAUCUUAGAAAAUGAACUUAAUUCUAUUCCUAAUUCAACAUUGCUUAAAAAUUUAUGUCCUACAAGAUGGUCAUCAAGAUAUUUUGUUUGCAAGUCAAUAAAAAAUGGUUAUAAAAAGAUUGUUGUUGCAUUACAAAAUAUAUCAGAAGAUGUAAGUCAGAGGCCUGCUACAAGACAUGAAGCAUUAGCUCUAUUCAAAAAAAUGAAAAACCUAGAAUUUACAUUCAUGUUAGUCUUGUGGACACAUAUAUUAGAAAGAUUCAACAUGACCAGCAAAAGUUUACAACGUGUUGAUAUGGAUUUAUUAUCGGUGAUUUGUUUCCCAAUGAUUUUAAAAGACAAAAAAAAAGGGCUGUAUUUUUAUUAUUAUGAAGGAGGUUCGGAAGAUAUUAUGUUUUCAGAAAAAGAAAACAUGAAAAUUAAAACAUUUUUUCCUAUCAUUGAUGCUUUAAUCAGUAAUUUAAAUAAACGAAAAGAAGCGUACAAUGAAUUAAAUGAAAAAUUUGGAUUUUUUUUACAUUUAGAAGACAUAGACCAAACUGAGUUUAAAUUAAGAGCUGAAAAGUUAGUAAAUAUAUACGAAGAUGACUUAGAUAUUGAAUUUGUUGAAGAAUUAUUACAGUUUAAACAAAUGGUUUUGUGUAUGCCAGAAAGUCAAAAAAAUUCUUUUCACGCUUUAUUGAAAGCAUUAAUAAAAUAUAAUAUAAGUUCUACAUUUCCAUCGAUAGAAAUUGCCCUUAAAAUAUUUACAUGCAUGCCUUGUUCAAAUGCUAGUGGUGAACGCUCAUUUUCUGUUUUGAAAAGAGUAAAAACAUAUCUCCGUUCAUCAUUAGCUAAUGAAAAAACAUCAUCUUUAUCAUUAUUGUGCAUGGAGUCAAAAGUUGUAAAGAAUAUUGAUUGGAGUACUUUAGUCAAGAGAUUUGCCAAAGAUAAAGCAAGAAAAAAAUUGUAA